ACUCGUUUCAUCGACGGCUGCGUAAUUCCGCUGGAAAGUCUGCGAAACUGAAAGCUUCCAAACAUAAUAGUAUACUAUUUUCACUAUUUAAAAUUGCAUUAUUAAAUGAACGAAGGCAUAUAUUUUGACAAGGAUGUCGCGCAGCAUAAUGAGAAGGUAGGCAGGAAUAUAAGCUGCAAAAUUUGACACAUUUCUAUAGUCAAUGAACCUCUUUAUGCAUUAAAUCACUUCCUACGGACAUUAAGAGGGAUGAGGUAUAAAGAAAGUUUUGAUUUUGUGCUUAUCCCGUAUAAUGGAAUUUAACUAACUUUCAUUUCUCGCAGCCAAGGAAUUUAAUCACAAUGCAAAAGGAAAAUGGGUUUAUCAGAUGCAUUUAAUGAAGCGGACUAUUCAGACAACGUUGAUACUGACCACAGCAUUCGCACAAGCCAAUCUUACAAUGAUCAAUCUCCUAGAAGUUUUCCUUGUGAUAGCAUAGCUGCUAAGUUUUCAGCUCUCAAUGACUUAGAUCGGCAUGUAUCUGAUGGCAUAUCAUAUCAUUAUGAUGAAAGUUUUAAGCCUUCUAAACAAAAGUCACGCAAAGAUUUGGAAUGUGAAGAGUCUCUUCGAAGAUUACACAGUUUAACAGUUGGAGACAACAUCUACUUUCGGCGUUCUACUAUAGCCGCAUGUUCCGAUAGCGGCGAUGAUACUGAUGGAUUUGUCGAAGGCAAAGUAACGUGUUUCACGUAUACAUCGUCAACGCGCUACGUUGUUGUAAUGCUUGAGGGAUUUGGGUAUCUUAAAUUCACAUUAGGUGAUAUUUAUAGCAUGUCGAUAGACCAUCAUGUUCAUUUACAACGAUUACAGCAUUCAACAUCCCUCUCAAAGUCUUUGAGGCAGAAGCGUCAUCGUUUUGAAAGCGAUGAUGAAUUCGCCACACGUCGAUAUUGGAACGGGAUGAAUAAGAGCUUGUUGACAGAUGAAUCAGAUUCAUUUUCUGGUACUGACGGAGUUUCUGAAACACCGUACAGAGAUAUUCCAAGCUCAUCAUCGCAAUACCAUAGUGAGGCCUCUGAUGUUAAAACUAGGCCGAUUCCUCCUGGUGCGGAAUCCUUUUGUAGGUGCCGUUUCGUAAACAAGCUUGAUAUUGUACGGAAGUUGCGAAAACUAAUAGCUGAUAAUAAGGAAUGUUUCAUGGAAAAGACGGCUGAAAUGACGGAGCUUCGCCUGAUACAGAACCAUAAUGUUCGUGCAUACGAAGUGGAAGUGGUGGCGUAUUUGCUAGGUGAAGACCCGUGGAAAUAUGCUGCUAAUCCACAAGAUAAGCCUAAAAAGGAUCAAAUUAACACCAUAUUGGAACAAUAUAGGGCAGCGGCACGUGACCCUGAUUACCUCAAUCUCUAUGAGCAAUGGCAGGAGUAUCAGAACUCGGUCAAGGGAAGAACGAAGAUGCAUGCUUCAGUUUCUUCCUGAAUUGCAAGCCACCAUCAACUA